AGCAUUGGUGUAAACAUGCUUUUACUAAAGAUGCUAAAAGUGACCUUAUUAGUAAUAAUAUGUCUGAAUCAUUUAAUGCUUGGAUUGGAAAGUUACGAGGGAUGCCUAUUACCACCUUAUUAGACUGUUUUAGGGAAAAAUGCAUGGUUAGAUUACAUAAGAGAUAUGCAGUAGGAAGUACUUGGGAGGGUAAGCUAACACCUCAUGCACAAAAGAUGUUAAACAAAGUCAUUAAUGAGAGUAGGAGGCAAUGUAGAGUUAUACCUGGUAGAAAUGAUGAGUUUGAAGUUAAAGAGGGAAAAGCUAAAUUUGCGGUCAAUCUUAGAGAGCGAAAAUGUAGUUGCCAGUGGUGGGAUAUCUCUGGAAUGCCUUGUAAGCAUGCAUGUAUUUGCAUUGGCUAUAAAAGACUGAAUGCAGAGGAUUUUUGUGAUGAUUACCACUCAAUCGAAAGAUAUUUAAAAACUUAUAAUGGUGCAUUACAUCCCAUGCCUGAAAUGGAUAUGACCACGGAUGAUACAUUUCUACAUUUACUGCCCCCGCCUCUUAAGAGAUUACCUGGAAGACCAAGAAAAAAUAGACGUAGGGAAGCCGGAGAACCCGCUCCUUCUACAGCAUCUAAGAGAGUUAAUACAGUUCGAUGCACAACAUGCGGUCAAUUAGGCCACAACAAAAGAGGCUGUCAGCGAACAACCAAUGACCAACGAGCACCAAGGUAGACUAAGAGGACUGGAAAAGCAAGAAACGUCACUGAAGGUGCAACACAAGAAAGCCAUGCAUAGACUGCUUCGAGCAAAAGAUCAAGAACGUCAAACUGGAUAGCGCAUAUAUUUUCGUGUGCAUAAUGCUGAAUUUUUGGAACAUUAUGGUUUUAUAGUCUUUUGAUAGUUUGUAAUUUUGUGGUAGCAUACAUUAUGGCUAAUUUUUGGUAGCAUACAAUAUUGCUAGUUUUUGGAGCAUGCAGUAUUGCUA